GCCGGGGGCGGCGGGGCUCCUGCCUUUUCCCUUGGUGGGCGCGCGGUGUCUCGGGGACCAACGGCUGCUGGGCCGACUGCGAGAGUCCACUAACGUGGCUUUAGCGUCCUGUGCUGCGGCGGCAGUCCCGCCGAUCGGGGUUUCCUUGGGGGAGACUUCGACUUGUUGGAGACCUGAUGGCCAAAAGAAAGGAAGAAAAUUUUUUCUCUCCUGGAAAUGCCAAAAGACCAAGACAAGAAGAAUUGGACGAUUUUGAUAAAGAUGAAUGUGACGAAGAUGAAUGUGCAGUUUCUUUCACUAAUGGUACCUCUACUUUGACAGCAGCAGAAGUUGGAAUAAUUGAGAGUAUUCAGCUCAAAAACUUCAUGUGUCAUUCGAUGCUUGGACCCUUUAAGUUUGGUUCUAAUGUCAACUUUGUUGUUGGCAAUAAUGGAAGUGGCAAGAGUGCGGUGCUCACAGCUCUCAUAGUUGGUCUUGGUGGAAAAGCUAUCACUACUAAUCGAGGAUCUUCUUUAAAAGGUUUUGUGAAGGAUGGACAGAACUCAGCAGAUAUCUCAAUAACAAUAAGGAACAGAGGGGAUGAUGCCUACAGAGGAAAUGUGUAUGGCGACACUAUUAUUGUGCAACAACACAUCAGCAUGGAUGGAAGUCGAUCUUACAAACUGAAGAGUGCAACAGGUGCUGUGGUUUCUACUAAGAAAGAAGAACUGAUUGGAAUUCUUGAUCAUUUUAACAUUCAGGUAGAUAAUCCGGUUUCUGUUUUAACACAAGAGAUGAGCAAGCAGUUCUUGCAGUCUAAAAAUGAGGGAGACAAGUACAAAUUCUUUAUGAAAGCAACCCAACUUGAACAAAUGAAGGAAGACUAUUCAUACAUUAUGGAAACAAAAGAAAGAACAAAAGAGCAGAUAAAUCAAGGAGAAGAGCGACUUAGUGAACUAAAGCGCCAGUGUUUGGAGAAAGAAGAACGUUUUCAAAAUAUCGCUGGCUUAAGUACAAUGAAGACCAACCUGGAAUACCUGAAACAUGAAAUGGCUUGGGCAGUGGUCAAUGAAAUUGAAAAGCAAUUGAAUGCUAUCAGAGAUAACAUCAAAAUUGGAGAAGAUCGUGCUGCUAGACUUGAGAGGAAAACGGAGGAGCAGCAGGUCAGACUUAAUGAAGCAGAAAAAAAAUACAAAGACAUUCAAGAUAAACUAGAAAAGAUUAGUCAAGAGACAAAUGCACGAGCGCCAGAAUGUAUGGCACUGAAAGCAGAUCUUACUUCUAAGAAAAGGGCCUAUAAUGAAGCUGAGGUUUUAUAUAAUCGUUCCCUAAAUGAGUAUAAAGCAUUGAAGAAAGAUGAUGAGCAGCUCUGCAGAAGAAUUGAAGAACUGAGAAAAAGUGCCGAUCAGUCUUUGGAACCUGAACGGUUGGAAAGGCAAAAAAAAAUAUCUUGGUUAAAAGAGAGAGUAAAGGCCUUACAAGAUCAAGAAAGUUCAGUCAAUCAAGAGAUGGAACAAUUUCAGCAAGCCAUAGAAAAAGACAAAGAAGAACAUACCAGGAUUAAGAGAGAAGAGUUAGAUGUGAAGACUACACUGAACUUUAACCAGAGGCAACUGAAAGAAUUGAAAGAUAGUAAAACUGAUCGACUCAAAAGAUUUGGCCCUCACGUUCCAGCUCUUCUUGAAGCCAUAGAUGAUGCCUACAGACGGGGACACUUUACCUAUAAACCUGUAGGCCCAUUAGGAGCUUGCAUUCAUCUUCGGGACCCUGAGCUUGCUUUGGCUAUUGAAUCUUGCUUAAAAGGACUUCUUCAAGCCUAUUGUUGCCAUAACCAUGCUGAUGAAAGAGUGCUUCAGGCAUUGAUGAAAAAGUUUUAUUCACCAGGGACCUCACGGCCACAGAUAAUAGUUUCUGAGUUUCGGAAUGAGAUGUAUGAUGUAAGACACAGAGCUGCAUAUCAUCCAGAGUACCCAACGGUUCUGACAGCGUUAGAAAUAGAUAAUGCAGUUGUUGCAAAUAGCCUGAUUGACAUGCGAAGCAUAGAGACAGUGCUGCUAAUCAAAAAUAAUUCUGUAGCUCGUGCAGUGAUGCAAUCCCAAAGGCCACCCAAGAAUUGUAGAGAAGCUUUUACUGCUGAUGGUGAUCAGGUUUUUGCAGGGCGUUAUUAUUCAUCUGAAUAUACAAGACCUAAGUUUCUAAGCAGAGAUGUGGAUUCUGAAAUAAGUGACUUGGAGGAUGAAGUUGAAAAUAAGAAAGCCCAGAUAUUAAAUCUUCAGCAACAUCUGUCUACCCUUCAAAAGGAUAUUAAAUGCAAUGAAGAACUUCUCAGAAGGUGCCAACUGCAUUACAAAGAGUUAAAGAUGAAAAUAAGGAAAAGUAUUUCUGAAAUUCGGGAACUUGAGAAUAUAGAAGAACACCAGUCUGUAGAUAUUGCAACCUUGGAAGAUGAAGCUCAAGAAAAUAAAAUCAAGAUGAAAAUGGUUGAGAAAAAUAUGGAACAACAAAAAGAAAAUAUGGAACAUCUUAAAAGCCUGAAAGUAGAAGCAGAAAACAAGUAUGAUGAAAUUAAACAGAAAAUUAAUCAGCUCUCAGAGCUAGCAGAUCCACUUAAGGAUGAAUUAAACCUUGCUGAUUCUGAAGUGGAUAACCAAAAGCGAGGGAAACGGCAUUAUGAAGACAAGCAGAAAGAACACUUGGAUACUUUAAAUAAAAAGAAACGAGAACUAGAUAUGAAAGAAAAAGAGCUAGAGGAGAAAAUGUCACAAGCAAGACAAAUCUGUCCAGAGCGGAUAGAAGUGAAAAAAUCUGCCUCAAUUCUAGACAAAGAAAUUAAUAGAUUAAGACAGAAGAUACAGGCAGAACAUGCUAGUUAUGGAGAUCGAGAGGAAAUAAUGAAGCAAUAUCAAGAGGCAAGAGAAAGCUAUCUUGAUUUGGAUAGCAAAGUAAAGACUUUAAAAAGGUUUAUUAAAUUACUGGAAGAAAUAAUGAUCCAUAGAUAUAAAACAUAUCAACAAUUUAGAAGGUGUUUGACUUUACGAUGUAAAUUGUACUUUGACAACUUAUUAUCUCAGCGGGCGUAUUGUGGAAAAAUGAAUUUUGACCACAAGAAUGAAACUCUUACUAUAUCAGUUCAGCCUGGAGAAGGAAACAAAGCCGCUUUCAAUGACAUGCGGGCCUUAUCUGGCGGUGAACGUUCAUUUUCCACGGUUUGCUUCAUUCUUUCUCUGUGGUCCAUCGCUGAAUCUCCUUUCAGAUGCCUGGAUGAGUUUGAUGUCUACAUGGAUAUGGUUAACCGGAGGAUUGCGAUGGACAUGAUACUCAAGAUGGCAGAUUCCCAGCGCUUCAGACAGUUUAUCCUGCUUACCCCUCAAAGCAUGAGUUCACUUCCAUCAAGUAAACUGAUUAGAAUUCUUCGAAUGUCUGAUCCUGAAAGAGGACAAACUACAUUGCCUUUCCGACCUGUAUCUCAAGAAGACGAUGAUGACCGGAGUUGAUUUGUGACUUAAUAUGCCAUGUCCUCAUGUUGAAAGACAUGUAAAGGGGAAAAGCAUCCAGGACUAUUUAAAGUAAAAUGAAACAAGGUAUUCUAAAAUAAAAGAAGCUCCUUUAUGUAUCUGACAUUAUGUAUUACAAAACAUGUAAAUAAGCCUAGAAAACCAGCCACAACCAGCGACUUAAAAUUAACAGUUAUUUUACUUUGAGAAAACCCAAUUUCAUAGUACUGGUUUUAAAUCUUUUUGUUUUUUAUUUUAACCAUCUACUUUUAUAGAUUCUUUUUCAGAAGUUUCAAAUUUUGUACAUAUGUACAUGUACAUAUCUGUUAAGUUUGGGUUCAUUUCUAUAGUAUUUUGUAAGAAUUAAAAUAAACAUUUGAGCAUCUGGUUAUAUUUAGUUUUGCUUUUCCAGGAUAUUACAUUAUUCUCAUGGCAGAGGGUAGGGCUGUGGGCAGGGACCAGCUUCCAGUAGAUUUAUUGUCUGUUUUGUGCUUAUUAACGAGGAAAGACCUACACAGGACCAUAGAAACCUUGGUCACAACCUCCGCAUCAGUUCAGUUCAGUUCAGUCACUCAGUCAUGUCCGACUCUUUGUGACCCCAUGAAUCGCAGCACGCCAGGCCUCCGCAUAGGUCAUUGUUAAUCCUGGAGCUACGAUUGCAGAUCUGGACUAGAGUUUUAAUUACUGUGUUUCAUCACAUUUAAUAUGCUAUUAAGGCACUUUCUCAGAGCACUGAAGCACUGCCAACUCUGACACAGUGCCUUUCCCUCAGUCCUGGACCAUCAGCCACCCAGCUAAGUGUCCGAUCUGUGUUGGAACCGGGUUACAACCCACUUGUGCCCCCGACCUGCAGUGUGCUUGCUUUCUUUAGAGUCCCUUGGUUUGCAGACCAAAGCCUCUUGAGCUCUGGCUCAGCUGAGAGGAUGCAGGUCAGAGGGACUCUGCAGACCAGACUGAGAAGAAGGGCUGGGGAAACAGCUGCAGGCAGCUCCCCCUGGAGCAGAGAAGCGACCAAAAGUCAAAGGACCGGCUGCUGGGGGCAGGGUAGGGUGGAGCGGGUGUCAGUUGUGAGACACAUCCUGGUUUAGAGUUGUUAAGAAGUGUGCUGCUUAGAAUGAUAAAAUAACAGCCUGUUGUAAGCAAUUGUGUUUAUGAACGCUUUUUUUUUUUUAAAAGAAAACAUGAGUAGAACGCCUGUUUGUAUUCUUAUGUUUGAUACUAGGAUUAGUGCUAACCUUUUUAAAAAGACGUGCAUAUCCAACAAGAAUUCCCUCUAUUGCUAGCAGUAAAUAUUUAUGAAGUUAAAAGGAAGUAUUUUAAGAACAAGGCAGUAUUUUAAAAGCAGCGACACUUCUGUAGUUACUGAGAAAAAUUGGAUUUUGUUUUGGGUGAGGGGAGGGAGUCGAAUUUAGUCCUAAGCGGAGAUCAAUUGGUAAAUGAGAAGUCCAAAACUGUGCUUUUGUAAUCUAAGAAUUUGCAGAAAGAGGAAACAUGCUGAAUGUUUUAAACAUCCCCCACUACCAAGACAAAGUCUGAUUUUUUUAAAGUUACAUUUAUAAUUCAUUUGUAUCAAAACUAUUUUAACAUACAUGUGCUUUUUCAAAUAAAAAAAAAGUAGAAUAUACCAAAUACAUAAACUUUUAUCAUCUA